AUGAGAGUCGCCACCUCAACCUUGCUGCUGGGCGCCUCGGCUGCCUUUGCACAAGAGCAACAGGUGCUUGGUGGCUUCCGCGACAGCAUCAAACAGCUUGAACAUGUCAGCGACGCCCUGGGCGAGAUGCCCGCUGCCGCCAAGGGCCUCUGGGACGAGAUGAGCCUGCUGGUGCCCGGCUUCGUCGAGCAGGCCUCUAACCUCAUCUCUCGCCCCAAGCCCCAUCAACGCAAGCCAGACAGCCAGUGGGACCAUGUUGUCAAGGGCGCCGACGUGCAGAGCAUGUGGGUCGAGACCGACGGCGUGAAGCAUCGCAAGGUCGAUGGCUACCUCGAGGAUUACAACCUGCGGGCGAAGAAGGUUGAUCCUUCCAAACUCGGCGCCGAUAAGGUCAAGCAGUACAGCGGUUACCUCGAUGACGAGGCGAACGACAAGCAUCUGUUCUACUGGUUCUUCGAAUCUCGAAACGACCCCAAGAACGACCCCGUGGUGCUAUGGCUCAACGGCGGGCCCGGCUGCUCGUCCAUGAUGGGCCUCUUCAUGGAGCUGGGCCCAUCCAGCGUCAAGAGUGACGGCAACCUCAAGUUCAACGAAGCUUCGUGGAACAGCAACGCCUCCGUCAUCUUCCUCGACCAGCCGGUCAACGUCGGCUACUCGUACAGCAGCAGUAAUGUUUACAACACCGUCGCGGCCAGCAAGGACAUCUACGCCCUCAUGACCCUCUUCUUCCACAACUUCCCCGAGUACGCAGAGCAGCCCUUCCACAUCUCCGGAGAGUCUUACGCUGGCCACUACAUCCCCGUCUUCGCUUCCGAGAUCUUGUCUCACAAGAACCGAAACAUCAACCUCCAAGGCAUUGCCAUUGGUAAUGGUCUAACCGACCCAUACAGCCAGUACAGCCAGUACCGCCCAAUGGCUUGCGGUGAUGGUGGCUACAAAGCCGUACUCGAGCCGAGCGAGUGCGAGUCGAUGGACAACGCGCUUCCCCGCUGCCAAUCGCUUCUUUCUAACUGCUACGAAUCGGAGAGUGCGUGGACUUGCGUUCCUGCGACCAUUUACUGCAAUAAUGCCAUGAUUGGUCCUUUCCAACGCACUGGAUACAACGUCUACGAUGUACGUGAGAAGUGCAAGGAUCAGGAGAAUCUCUGCUACACCGAGACGGCCUGGAUCGCCCAAUACCUGAACCAGCCCGAGGUAAUGGAGGCACUCGGUGCUGAGGUACAAGAUUACGAGAGCUGCAACACGGACAUCAACAGAAACUUCGUGUUCCAGGGUGACUGGGGGAAGCCGUUCCACCGCCUUGUUCCGGACAUCAUCAAGCAGAUCCCGGUGCUGAUCUACGCUGGUGACGCCGAUUACAUCUGCAACUGGCUCGGCAACCGGGAAUGGUCGAAUGCGCUCGAGUGGUCGGGCAAGAAGGGUUUUAACGAUGCCAAGAUGGAGAGCCUGGCUCUCGGUGAUGGCGACAAGUAUGGCGAGGUGAAGAGCAGUGGCAACUUCACCUUCAUGCGCAUCUACGAGGCGGGCCACAUGGUCCCGUACAACCAGCCCGAAGGCUCGCUCGACUUCUUCAAUCGAUGGGUCGGUGGAGAAUGGAAUGCGUGA